AUGUCCGUAGACCCCGCCAUCAUCUCAGCCCUGGGCUUGGAUCCCUCCCGCACCAAGAUCUCCCUCCACGGCGGCUCGGGCUUCGCAUCCUCUUUCCGAAUCAGCACAACGCCAUCCGACAGCUCACGCCCGUCAAGCUACUUCGUCAAGACUGGCAGUGGUGUGCGUGCAGAAGUCAUGUUUCGCGGGGAGCACGCCUCUCUGAAUGCCAUCCAUGACGCCGUGCCUACGUUGUGCCCCAAAUCGUAUGCCCACGGGCCCAUGACAUCUUCGCGCGGCGAGCACUUUCUCGCCACCGACUUCAUCGACAUGUCCGGUCCCUCGGCAUCCGACGGCUCGGACUCGGGCUCGGGUGAGUCUCUGGCUUCUAAGCUAGCAAGGCUGCACACCACACCGGCGCCCAUACCGGAGGGCUACGACAAGCCCAUGUACGGCUUUCCCGUGACCACGUGCUGCGGGGAGACGCCGCAGGACAACUCGUUCACCGAGUCGUGGGCGGACUUUUACGCUGAGAAUCGCCUGCUCAGCGCUAGCCGUGCUGCCAUGAGGAACCACGGCACGGACGACGAGUUCGGUCGUGUGGUGGAGAGGACGGCGUCCGAAGUCGUCCCGCGACUCAUCGGCCACGGCCGCGUGAAGGGUAUGAAGCCCGUCAUUAUCCAUGGGGACCUGUGGAAUGGGAACCACGGGAGGGGGAUCGUAGGUGGUGUGGGCGGGCGCGAGGAGGUCGUGUUUGAUCCGUCAGCCGUGUACGGUCACUCCGAGUACGAGCUGGGCAUCAUGAAUAUGUUUGGCGGGUUUGGAAGAAGCUUCUGGAGCGAGUAUGAAAAACUGGUCCCCAAGGCCGAACCGAAGGACGAGUGGGCUGAUCGCGUGCUGUUAUAUGAACUAUACCAUCACUUGAACCAUUUUGCCAUCUUUGGUGGCGGGUACCGUAGUGGUGCCAUGUCCAUCAUGAGGAAACUUCUAGCGAGAUACGGCGAUAGAGGA